AUGUACCUGGUGUCCUUUGUGGUGGGCUUCGUGGGGAACAUCAUGUCCAUCAGGGUGCUCACCCGGAAGCGCCGGAGUCGGGCGUCCAGCCUGAGUGCCACCCGCAGCCUCCUCAUCAACCUGGCGGUGUGCGACCUCAUGGUGGUGUGCGUCUGCAUGCCCAUCACCGUGGGCAACCUCAUCUACAAAGCCUGGGUGUACGGGGACUUCCUCUGCCGGGCAGUGCCCUUCAUCCAGGCUGUUUCUGUCUCUGCCAGCGUCCUCAGCCUGACCGUCAUCAGCGUGAACCGGUACUACAGCGUGCACAACCCCCUCCACGCCCGAUCUUUCUUCACCCAGAAGAGGAUCCUCAGCACCAUCCUGGUGGUGUGGUUGUUGUCCUCGGGAAUAUGCAUGCCACUCAUCUUCAUGAACAAACGGGAUGAGAUUGGGGUGGUGGAGGGCUUGCCUCUGGUGUUUUCCAUCUGCAGGGAGAUCUGGCCUCAGGAGAGGCUCAAGCAAGCCUACAACUUUCUGCUCUUCUGUGCCCUCUACUGCCUGCCGGUGCUGUUCAACAUGGUCAUCUGCUUCCUGACGGUGCGCCGGCUGUGGAGCCGCGGCGGGCAGCUGAAGGAGGGCACUGCCCUGAACCGGUCCCUGCCAGCCUCCAGGCUGAAGAUCCGGAAGAAGGUAGCGCAGAUGGUGGUGGCCCUGGUCCUGCUGUUUGCAAUCUCCUGGCUGCCCGUCUACCUGAUGGACAUCUGGAUUGAUUUCAACAUCCCCAAAUCUUUGCAGGAUGUGACUCCUUCUCCUUGGAUCCUGCAGCUCAGACCUUUUGCCCAGUGGCUUGGCCUCACCAAUUCCAGCCUCAACCCUAUAUGUUAUUGCUUUGUUGGGAAUCUCUACAGGUCAGCCAAGGAAAUGAAGAGCAAAUACCACCAAAGAAUGGUCUCUCUCUUUAACUUCUCUCUAUCCGAAGGGACGACACAUUCCUCGGUCCCGGAGCUGCUCUCUUACCAGAGUUCAAAGGAGCCUGCAAGGAAAGGACCCUCUGCCUCCCCAGCCACGGGCAGGAGACGCCAGGGAAGUCGUGGCCAUAAGAACAAGUGUGGAUACUUGAGCCCCUGCCACCACCCAGCUCUGAACACUGUCUCCAGUGAGAACACUUCCUUGUAA